AUGACUUUAUGGUUUAAAAUGUCUAAAAAUUCUGAUAUCUCGCUGCAAGCUCGAAGUGAUCGUUCUACAAUAAUAUCAACAACUUCAACAGCCCCGACUCCAAGAUCUACACAGUUUCAGUUUAAAAAUUCCCCAUCAUUUUAUAAAUCAUCAGAAAUAGCUUCCCCUAAUAACAAAAUUUUUUUUUCCUUUUUUCCGAUCGAAAUUUCAGCAUCUUCUACCAUUGAAGAAGUCACAAAUUUGCUUAACUCUUUACUCAAAUACAUGAUUUCAGAGCAUUUAUUAUGAGACUUUCCUGAUAUAUCUCUACUGGAUACGUCUGAGAAAAUAAACUACGCAAACAGGAUAAUCAAAAUUAUCAAAAAGCACAUCAAAAGCAAACGGUCUGGGUCUUCAAAUAAUUUAAACAUAUUGAUCAGAGAAAACAAUUCAAACUUCAAAAUAAAAGAUGUAACUUUUAUUCAUAACCAUAAAAGUGUUUUGGAUAAAAUUUUAGAUAACAGAAGCGGGGUUCAUUUAUCUAAAAAGGAAGCUCAGGAAUUUGCUUCAUUAAUUAUAGGAGCAAGUCGAGAUUCUGCUUUAGAAGAUAUUGAAAAACAGAGCUCAGAAAUAGGGCCAAAAUUAAAAAACGAAAAAAAUAGGCUGAAAUAUUAUAUUAAAAAAUGAAAUAAUGUAAAAGUCGAAGAAGAAGCUCUGAUAAAUGAAACAAAUUAUUUGAAAGCUGAGUAAGAUUUAUUUAGAAUAAAAAAACAUAAGCAGCACAUACAGAUUUUGCAGCAUCAGUUGGGAGAAAAUAUAAAUGGAACUCAAAACUGAGACGAAUCAAUAGAAGACAUAGAAACAGAGCUGAAAUAUGUUUAUGAGUUUAUCGAAAGCACCAAGAUUAAAGCUGAAUCAUAA